AUGGCCAAACAAGAAAUUUCAAAACAAGGGUGUUUCUCUAGUUUCUUCAAAGUGCUUCUUUGUGCUAGAAAUGAAACUAGUCCACCAGUGUAUCCAUCUGAAAAUGUUGAAGAAAAAAAAUAUGAUUUUUUUGAUGAUUCUAAUUCUAUAACCACUCCUAGUGUAGUAGCUAGGUUAAUGGGAUUAGAUUCACUACCAAAAACCAAAAGGGUUGUUAGAGAAACAACCUUAGAUUGUGUUCCUAGAAGUAAAUCAGUUAACUUUGUUGAUUACUUGCUUGAGUUUGAUCAAAGCAUUGGAAACCAUCGUAGAGUGAAAACUUCAUCAUCUUUUAGAGAAGUUCCUUCACAAAAAAAUUACCUUUUUGUCCUUGAUAUUGAUGAUAAAAAGGGUAAUAAAGUCCAAGAAGAAAAUGUUACUAAGUUGAAGAAAAAGAACAAGGAAAUUGUGAGAGUGAAGAAAGAGAAAAACAAGAGAGUUUAUAAGAUAAAAGAUGAACCAAGAAAAGUUCCUUCUUCUAGGUAUAAAUCUAAGGUUAGAGAUUGUAGAAAAGGUGAAGUUUUUUCAAGUGUUUCUCCUAGGUGUAAUUGUGGUUAUUAUGGUUAUGGUGAUGUUGGUUCAAGUUCAAGUUCAAGUUCAGUUUCUCCAUUGCCAAAAAGUAGGAUUAAGAAAGGGUUUGUUGAACCAAAAAUGAGGAACAAGGUGAGUAAGAAUCAUGUGUCAACAAAGAAGAUUCAGACAGAACAUAGCUUGGAAAAUCUUAGUCCUAUUUCUGUUCUUGAUGUUAAUGAUUAUGCCUUUCUUUAUGGAGCUGAUUAUUCAGGUACAAACACCUUGGCUUCAAAGUCAAAGAGGAAAUCUAAGUCUUUAUUGGAAGUGUCCUUGGAUGAAGAUGUUGAAGAGAAAGCAAACAAUAAUAAAGGUUAUGCCUCCCACACUGACAUCAACAGAGAAGCAGAGUUGUACUCAGACUUGAUGUUGAAGAUUCGUAGUUUGACAGAAGAGUGUAUCAACAAGUCAGAUUCCACAUAUAAGGCUGAAAGCUUUGAGGAAAUUUGUUUCGUGUUUGAAGAAACUAUUUUUGAUACUUUGUUAUUUGAGGUCUUAAAUGAACUUGUAUAA